AUGGCACAGAAGGACAAGACGAAGGCAGACAUGCCGCCAGGCGCACUUUCUCUGCGAUAUGUGCUGGGGGUUUAUAUUCCUUCGACAGUACUCAUUGUCGGUACUACAUUCUACGAUGUAAAAUUGCUACCCUGGGCUAUCUCUCUCGCUGCCUUUAUCGGAUUUUUCUCAAUCUCAACGAAUGAAAGCCUAAAGGUGCUUAAACCUACCGAGUUUCAACACUUCAAGCUUAAGGAGAAGAAAGUCUGCUCCCACAAUGUCGCAAUCUACAGAUUUGCCCUUCCCCAUCCAACCGAUAUCCUUGGUUUGCCAAUUGGCCAACAUAUCUCUUUGGCAGCAACCCCGAGAGGCGUGGAGAAGGAGGUGGUCAGAUCUUACACUCCAAUCUCGUCGGAUGAUGACAAGGGCUUUUUUGACUUGAUGAUAAAAUCGUAUCCACAAGGAAACAUCUCGGCGCACAUGGACACCCUCCAGAUCGGAGAUACCAUGAAAGUCAAAGGACCAAAGGGCGCAAUGGUCUACACACCCAAUAUGUGCAGGCAUCUUGGUAUGAUUGCUGGUGGCACGGGCAUUACACCCAUGUUGCAGAUAAUACGCGCAAUUGUCAAGGGCAGACCGAGGAAUGGAGGAGAAGAUACGACACAAGUCGAUCUGAUCUUCGCCAAUGUUAACCCGGACGACAUCUUGCUGAAGGACGACCUCGAUCGUCUAGCUAGAGAAGAUGAGGGCUUUAGAGUCUAUUACGUGCUGAACAAUCCACCAGAAGAUUGGACGGGAGGUGUUGGAUUUGUGACUGCAGACAUGAUCAAGGACAAGUUACCUGCACCUGCCGAAGACAUGAAGAUUCUGAUCUGUGGUCCUCCGCCGAUGGUCAGUGCUAUGAAGAAGGCUACCGAGUCUCUGGGAUACACAAAAGCUCGGCCUGUCAGCAAGCUUGAAGAUCAGGUGUUUUGCUUCUAA